UUUUAGUUGCAAUGAUUUUUUUUUUGUACUAUGCAAUUAUUAUAACACUUAGUUGUGAGUCGUUCAAGCUAACUUCAAUCAAACACAAAAGCUUGUCACCUCAUCAGUUAAAAAAUCACCCACCAAUACUUUCUAAGGUUCUUGAUGCAUCUGCAUUCUAUAUCCAAUCACUUACACAAGACUCCAAAUAUUUUCAAAAGAAUAUAAUAUGGAAAAAAUUAUGCCAUGGGAAUAAUAAUCUUUUUCCUGAAAUGUAUAACGCUGUUUAUGAUCAAUUUGAUCAUGAAGGAUAUAAUACAUUACUUGAUUCUGUUUUUUCAAAAAAUGGACAAGAACGAUUUGUACAAGCUUUAGAACGAUUGAGUUACAUUCUUCCACAUUGCGAUUCGAAAUCAUUAGGAGUCGCCUCUGAAGACAAGCGUAUGGCUCCUUUCCCAGGGGGUCCUUUCAGGCGCGCGUAUGGAUUUGAUAUGACUCAAUGGAUAACAAGCCAGAUACUUACUGUAGCCAACAAUGCUGGAAACGCUAAUCCAGGUGUUGCAUUAAUGGCAAUGAUGGCCAGUACAAGUGUCGUUGGUGUAGUUUCAACUGUUGCAGCAUCUCUUAUUGAUAUUGUUCCCCCUUUGAUACCUCCACCUAUUUGGAUUUUGCGUCCUUUUCCAUGCCUACCAAUGAUUACAGGAAUGAAUUGCCUUUUAUCUGUUCUUUACCCCAUAACAAUUGCUGAUUUCACCAUUGCCCAUGUGACGGAUCAAUCAAUGAAUGGUGUUUUAAGUUCAUUUCCUUCGAAAUUCAACUCAAAAGUUGGAAAGGCCUCUAUAGCCGUUUAUAAUCUUUGUGCUGCCGUUUAUUUGGGAAUGUAUUGUGCCAGCUUAUUUCCCAUGUGUUGGCUACCUGUGGGGUUAAUGGAAGCUCAAUCCUUUCCCGUUUGUUUUCCGCAAUGCCUUUUAGUUCUUGUAGCUUGCCCUGGGUUUUGGCUUGAUGAUAUCCUAGGUCCUUGUAGCUCGGUCUCUGUUCCCCCAUUUUGUGCCUUUUCCGUGUUUGUUAAUAAAAAUUUAAUUCCUCCUCAAUACACAAGUUAUGAGGAACAACAUCCUUAUCCAAGUGAAUGUCCGCAUUAUGAUCCUGAGUACGAUAUUUCUCCUCACCUUUAUGAAAGAGUGCCAGAACUCUCUUCUCCCAUCCUUGAUGAAGUCAAUACAUCCUUUCGUUUACAACCUGCAGGUCCUUCGCUAUUCAAAAAUUUAGCAGAUUAUAAUGCUGUUUCACCCAUUCAUCGUGUGUGUGACUGUCAUCCAACUCUUUGUGAAGUGAAAGCAGGAGAUGAUUGUCCUCAAGUUACUAAAAAACAAAAUCAAGCUUGUAAAGAUUAUUGUUCUUCUAUCUCGGAAUCUAACAAUACAAAUUCAACUCCAAAAUUAAUGGAAACACUGGUAGUUCAUCUUGCUGAAGAAAAUACACCGAUACAUCAAGAAAUCCAAGGUCAUAUUAUUCCAGUUUCGUAACCGUUAAUAUCUGCAUUCCGAACAACUUAACCUUACAGAGAAAAUAUCCCUUAUUUGUGUGGUCUUCUGAAGCCAAUGUACUUCACACGGUCAACGCUCCCGUUUAUAAAUAAUGGACCAAAUAAAGUCCUUCCAGAUAUUUAAGUUACUGAAUAGAAAUUUUAUGUCAA